AUGGCGGACGUAGGAGCGACGAGAGGCUGCAGCGGCACCUGCGGCUGCCCCAACCCCUGCCCCGGCGGCGAAGCCUGCAGGUCUUCCUCCAGCGACACCACGGCCAAUCUCCUCCCGCUGCUGCCCCGUCUCUCUUCCGCUCUCCUUUACUGACCCCCCCGGCCGCUCGGGCUGUUCCCCCUCCCCACAGGUGCGCCACCGGUGGCCGCGUCUCCGGCGCGCAGCACUCGGUGUGCUCUUGCGGCGAGCACUGCAGCUGCAACCCCUGCGAGUGCGGCAAGUCCGGCGCUUCCUCCGGCGCCGGUGUGGCCUCCUGCACCUGCGGCAGCUCCUGCCGCUGCGACUCCUGCGCGUCCUGA